ACAGCCGAAAAUGGCGGACGAGGAGCAGCAAGUGCAGCAACUAGAGAUACUAUGUACACGGCUGUACGAAUCUACAGAUCCACUGCAGAGGGCAGAAGCAGAAAAAACACUGGUUCAGUUUCAAAAUGCUCCUGAUACUUUGAACAAAUGUCAGCUACUCCUUCAGAGAGCUGACUCUCCAUACUCACAGCUGCUUGCUGCCACAACCCUGACAAAGCUGGUGACCAGAAAUGUGCAGUCCAUCUCUCUUCAGCAAAGGAUUGACAUGAGGAACUACAUUUUAAACUAUCUGGCGACCCGGCCCAAGAUGGAGAACUUCGUGGUGCAGGCUCUCGUCACACUGUUCGGGCGUCUGACCAAGCUCGGCUGGUUCGAUGCCGCCAAGGACGACUUCGUGUUCAGAAACGUCAUCGAAGAUGUCUCCGUGUUUCUUCAGGGAUCGGUGGAACACUGCAUGAUCGGCGUCCAGCUGCUCUCCCAGCUGACGGUCGAGAUGAACACGCUGACCGACCCGGACGCCAUCCGCUCCCUGAACCGGCACCGCAAGACGGCCGCCUCGUUCCGCGACACGUGCCUCUACGAGGUGUUCCAGCUCAGCUGCACCCUGCUCCGUACCGCGCUCGAGAACUGCAAGAACCUCGACUUCAGCGACUCGGCGCAGCACGGCCUGAUGACGCAGCUACUGCGGCUGUCGCAGAACUGCCUCAUGUUCGACUUCAUCGGCACGUCCACGGACGAGUCGUCGGACGACUUGUGCACGGUGCAGAUCCCCACUGCGUGGCGGCCGGCCUUCCGCGACGCCGCUACACUCAGGCUGUUCUUCGAUCUCUACGCCGCGCUGCCCUUCUCCCUGUCUUCGCUAGCGUUGUCGUGUUUAGUGCAAAUCGCUUCCGUGCGACGGUCGUUAUUCAAUAAUCAAGAGCGUGCAAAAUUUCUCAACCAUCUAGUACAAGGCGUCAAAAACGUCCUGCUGAACCCGCAGGGCCUGACGGACGCCAACAACUACCACGAGUUCUGCCGGCUAUUGGCGCGGCUUAAGUCCAACUACCAGCUGGGCGAGCUGGUCAUGGUGGACAACUACCCGGAGGUGAUCCGCGUGGUGGCCAAGUUCACUGUGGAGAGUCUGCAGAUGUGGCAGUUCGCGCCCAACAGCGUGCACUACCUGCUGAGCCUGUGGCAGCGCAUGGUGGCGUCGGUGCCGUACGUGAAGGCGUCGGAGCCGCACCUGCUGGACACCUACACGCCCGAGGUGACCAAGGCGUACAUCACCUCCCGGCUGGAGGCGGCCGCCGUCGUGGUCAGGGACGGCCUGGAGGACCCGCUGGACGACCUGGGCAUGGUGCAGCAGCAGCUGGACCAGAUCAGCACCAUCGCCCGCUGCGAGUACAAGAAGACCUGCCGCCUGCUGGUCAGCCUGUUCGACGAGACGGCGCAGGCCUACCAGCAGGCCCUCAACGUUUCCAACCGGCUGGAGAUCGCCAUCAAGGAGGGGUUCUGA